AGGUCACUUCAGCUCUGGGACACCGCGACGGGAGUGGCGUCACAAACGCACAUUGGCCAUUCAAGUAGCGCCAACUCAGUAGCUUUCUCACUAAACGGUAAGCAAGUUGCAUCCGGGUCGAAAGAUCCGACAGUGCGGCUCUGGGGCGCCGUGGCAGGAGCA